AUGCCUACUAAAAAGAUUAAACGUACUACGACGACAACGACUACCAAGUCUACCAAGGCUGUUAAGGUUUCAGCUGCGUCGAAGAAGAAUCCCCUCUUUGUAUCGAGACCGAAGAAUUUCCGCAAGGGUGGUGACAUUCAGCCCAAGCGUGACCUGUCUCGCUUCGUACGCUGGCCGCGUUACGUGCGUAUUCAGCGUCAGCGCAAGGUUUUAUACCAGCGUCUGAAGGUGCCACCUUCGAUUAAUCAGUUUUCGAACACUGUGGAAAAGAAUGUUGCUACGGAUCUGUUCAAGUUGCUGCUCAAAUACCAGCCAGAGACCAAGGCGGCUAAGACUUUGCGACUACGCAAUAUUGCCGUUGGUAAGGAAGAAGCUACGGCUCCACCUGCUGUCGUGAAAUUCGGUCUGAAUCACGUGACGUCGUUGAUCGAGAACAAGAAGGCGAAGCUUGUGGUUAUUGCCCACGACGUGGACCCCAUUGAGCUCGUGGUGUUCUUGCCUGCUCUUUGCCGUCAGUUCAACAUUCCUUAUUGCAUUGUCAAGGGUAAGGCUCGUUUGGGUCAACUUGUCCACCAGAAGAACGCUGCUGUCGUAGCGCUUACGCACGUGAACAAGGAAGACAAGGCCAAAUUUGACUCACUGACGCAGACAUUCCGCAGCAAGUUUAACGACGACACGGUGCACCGUCGUAAAUGGGGUGGUGGCAUCAUGGGCUUGAAGACCCAGAAGAAGCUGGAACUGCGUGAGAAAGCGAUUGCUGCCGAGGCUGCCAAGAAGGCCCAGUACUAA